AUGUCUCAAAUCCAACCCCUAAAAACAAUCGCAAAACCCCAAUCGCAAUUGCAAUCGCAAAUCCAACCAACCUCAACGCUCUUCACAAUCGACACCUGCCUAAGCAUCCUGCAAAAGUCUCUCCUCAACCCCUUUAUCGCGUGGAUUCUCGUCCUCUGCCUACGUGCCCAGGUCACGCCUCUGUCUCAUCCAUCCUGGAUCCUAACGGUCACAUAUGCAACCUCGCUAACUAUCCUAUGGGUUCUGCGAACGGUUAACCAGCGCGUCGCGCAUGGGGUGCCGCGCACGGUCGAUUUCGAAAAUGAGGUUGUGGUUAUUACUGGGGGCGCUAGUGGACUGGGCUUGUUGAUUGCGCAGAAUUAUGGGAUGCGCGGGGCUAGUGUUGCUGUUCUUGAUGUUCAAAAUCUGGAAGAGUGUGCUGAGGAUGUUUUUGGGAUUGGGGUCUUGUAUAUUCGUUGUGAUGUUGGCGAUAGGGUCGAGGUUGAGAGUGCGAAGGGGAGAAUUGUUGAUGAGUUGGGGACGCCGACUAUUGUUAUCAACUGUGCCGCUGCCAGGAUUAAUGGCCUUCCACUGCUGGAGUUGGCGGCGGAUGCGUUUGAAAAGACUAUCCGGACUAAUCUCCUGGCUGCGUUCCAUCUCUACCAAGUGUUCCUGCCUGGAAUUCUGAAAUCGGAAACUGGAGGCACACUCGUCACGGUCAGCUCAGUACUCGGUCAAUUGACGGCUGCGGGGUUAUCGGACUAUGCAGCAAGCAAAGCAGGACUCAGUGCGCUGCACAAGACCAUCGAAGCCGAAAACCGCGGCAAUCCGCUAGUCAAGACUUUGCUAGUGGAGAUGGGGCAAAUGUCAACACCGCUAUUUGGCUGGGUCCGCGCACCUAACCAUUUCUUUGCGCCUGUCUUGGAACCGGUUCAAGUUGUCCGCGAGAUGGUAGCUGCGAUUGAUAGCGGUCGAGGUGGUGUCAUCAGGUUGCCUUUGUAUGCGACGCUCGUGGAAUGGUAUGCUGUGCUACCAGCUGCACUGCAGCGGAUUGCGAGGUAUCUGAGUGGAAUUGAUGCUGCCGUGAUUCAAAGCCGGGAGGAUUGUCGGAAGACAAAUUGA